UUUUCUCUCUUGAUAUUCAGAUUGGCAUGUCCUCUCUACCUCUGGUUGCUAUGGUAAUUUGGUGCUUUUGUUUUGGUGAAUCAGUUCAUCCGGGAUGUUCUGGUCAAGCCCACCUUUUUGUCAAUCACAUUUAGGUGAUUGUAGCUUCAGACCCAUCAGGGCUCAUCUCUCCACGCAGGGAGGGGGGAGAGCACGUAAAGCCCCACGUGCUUCGUCUCUCCAAGCUCCUCGCGCGGACUCCUGCUCUCUCGAAGCAGCCGACACGCGCGCGUAAAGCCAGACAGGUGCGUUUUUAGGAAACCCCAUCCGCGUGUUUUCACCCCGCGCACCGUGGGGACGGUCUCUGCGAAAUGCGGGCGUCGCGUUUAAGAGAAGAGGAAAGCAGCGGUCGUGUUCAGCAUCAGUCCCGCCGCGCUCCUCUCGGCUCCUGUCGGGUCAUCUAACGUCGCAGCUCCGAGGAAAUCACUGGGACUAUGUGAGCAUCAUGAUCUCUGUGAGAUGCCUGCUGUUCGCCGCAGUCUGUGCGAGGUACGCCGAGACAGCAGGUGUGGGGGAAUGGGUGAGGUUGCCCUCUGCAGAGGAGGUCGUCCAACCCAAGCGGCUCUUGCAGCAGAUCCACUCAGAGGAGGAGCUGCUGCACGGUCACCUGGACACCCGGGUCAGAAACCUGCCAGAUGGCAUUCAGCAGCCCAUUCAUUUGGCCCAGAGCAGCUUCCUGGUGGAGGCCUUUGGCACAUCCUUCACCCUUGACCUGGAACUGAACCACAACCUCCUUUCUACAGACUACGUGGAGCGUCACUUUGACAAUGGGGAGCUGUCACAAAAUACGGGCGGGGAGCAUUGCUACUACCAUGGGCGAGUGCGGGGGCUGCCUGGCUCCUGGGCUGCGAUAUCCACCUGCCAAGGCCUUCAAGGGAUGUUUUCUGACUCCAACUUCUCUUAUGGGAUUGAACCCGUCGGUAACGGAGAGCAGAAAGACCACAUCGUGUAUCGAAUGCCCGACAUCGACCUCUUCUCACUUUCCUGUCCAGGAUGCUUCAUGAACAGCACAGAGCCUGAGGGGCGAACAGAUGGUCUCUCUGAAGGAGACAGCGAGAUAAAGGAUGGAGACAACAAGUCUGAAGAAGAGAAAACUGUUUUCACCAGAGGCCAGAGGCGCUCCAAAAGACAAGUGAGGCGAGGCCAGCGCACCGUUCAGACCGAGACCAAGUACAUCGAGCUGAUGAUCGUUAAUGAUUAUGAGCUGUUCGUGCAGCUCCGCAGGUCGACGUCUCAAACGAAGAUUUUCGCCAAAUCCGUAGUGAACAUGGCCGACUUGAUCUACAAGGAGCAGCUCAACACCCGCAUCGUCCUGGUAGCCAUGGAAACCUGGUCGUCUGAGAACAGGAUCGCCGUCGGCGACGACGCCUUGCUCACCCUGAGAGACUUCAUGAAGUUCAGGAAGGAGAGCAUCAAGCAGCGCUGCGACGCUGUGCACCUCUUCUCAGGGAGGACGUUCAUGAGCAGCCGCAGCGAAGCCGCUUACAUCGGGGGAAUCUGCUCCCUGACGAAGGGCGGCGGCAUCAACGAGUUUGGCAGCGUGGGUCCGAUGGCCAUCACUCUGUGUCAGAGUCUGGGGCAGAACAUCGGCAUGCUGAGGAACAAAGAGCGAACAGCUGCAGCAGGCUGCAGGUGUCCAGAUCCAUGGCUGGGCUGCAUCAUGGAGGACACCGGCUACUACCUGCCCAGGAAGUUUUCCCGCUGCAGUAUUGAUGAGUACCUGCGCUUCCUGCAGCAGGGAGGAGGAAGCUGCCUGUUUAACAAACCCACUAAGUUGUUAGAUCCCUCAGAGUGUGGGAAUGGAUAUGUGGAGCUGGGAGAGGAAUGUGACUGUGGAUCACUGGUGGAGUGUAGUCAAAGUGGAGCCAAUUGCUGUAAGAAGUGCACUCUGACCCACAAUGCCAUGUGCAGCAACGGGUUGUGCUGCAGGGACUGCAAGUAUGAGCUCAGAGGAGUGACCUGCCGCGAUGCCGUGAAUGACUGUGACAUUCCCGAAACCUGCUCAGGCGACUCCAGCCAGUGUCCUCACAACGUCCACAAACUGGACGGAUACACGUGCGAAGCUGGCCAGGGUCGGUGUUAUGGUGGCCGCUGUAAGACCAGAGAUGGCCAGUGCAGAACUCUGUGGGGUUACAACUCGGCUGACAGGUUUUGUUAUGAAAAGCUGAAUUCAGAGGGAACAGAGAAGGGGAACUGUGGGCCGAACCCUGGCGGGCAGGGAUGGGUCCAGUGCAACAAGCAAGACGUUCUGUGUGGGCUGCUGCUUUGCACCAACCUGACAGAAAGGCCCAGAUUUGGGGAACUGCAGGGAAGACUCACCAGUUUGACGAUCCAUCACCAGAACCGAUACAUGGACUGCAGAGGGGGUCACGCGGUGCUGGACGACGGUCUGGAUCUGGGCUACGUGGAUGAUGGGACGCCAUGUGGGCCAAACAUGAUGUGUCUGGAGCGCCGCUGCCUCCCUGUGCCGACCUUUAACCUCAGCUCCUGCCCCGGCUCCUCAACCUCACUCAUUUGCUCCCACCAUGGGACGUGCAGUAACGAGGUGAAGUGCAUCUGUGAUCCCGAUUACACCGGGAAGGACUGCAGCUUGCUCGACCCAAUCCCGACGCCGACCCCACUGGAGGGACCAGAGAAGUACAAAGGUCCCAGUGGCACCAAUAUCAUAAUCGGUUCGGUCGCUGGUGCGAUUCUGCUCGCUGCAAUAAUCCUGGGGGGAACAGGCUGGGGAUUUAAGAACAUCCGGAAAGGACGGUACGACUCAGGAUUUUAAUCCUAAUCCCAGUCCUGGAACAUCGCUGGUCUUGGUUUUGGUUUUGUGCACACUUUUAAUUUAGAGCAUUUCUAAAAUAUCCACAUAUUCACAGAUACCCGUGUGGUUUUAUGUUUGUUUGCACCUGUUAUCCAGUACUGAAACGCUGUUUUGUAGAUGUUAAUUAAUUAUAUUUACAUAAAAAUAAACAUUUAUUACAGUUUAAAAACAAGACAUAUUGGAUUUUUCUCAUUUUUUUCACUUUUUUAUGUAUUCAUCUUUGCUGUGUUUAUACAACUUGUGUAUUUUGUUGGUCAUUUUCAUUUUUCUUUUUUAUUCAUUUUGUUGAAAUCAAUUCCAAUGUUAUAGUUUUUCCCACAAGGAGAAGUUAUUUUGUCACAUACUAUAAAUCUGCCAAUUUGCCUGGAUGGGAUGGAAAAAUUUAUCAACUUUAAAAUCUUUGCACAAAAAAUACAAAUGGAUUAGAAUCAAUGCACUUUCAUUCAAUCUUAGAUUUGUUAUUAAAACUCAAUUAAGAUGGUAAAUUUCAGAAAAUCAUGAAUUGUUAUGUUAUCUGUAGUCACUGAUAGCAUUCAUUAAAAAUAAAAAAUAUAUGAAUUGUUUCCACAUUUCUUCUUUAAAAUAUAUAUAUAUUUGUUUUUAAUGGACAUAAAAAUUUAGCAAUUCAAAAUAUACAAAUGUGUAAAUAAUUAAAACUGUUAAUUAUUUGUAAUGAUUGUAGUUAUUUCAGUUUGGUUUUCAUUGUUUCAUAUUUCCUGUUCUAUAGUUCACUAUGAAAUAAUUUAAAGUCUGCUGACCAAUCGCCUUGUUUCUAUUGGCUAAGUUUAGAAAAUUGUUUCUCAAUUUGCUGCGACAUAAGGAAAUAAACUCAGGGCUUCCUCCAGAAAACUUUUUAACCCCGGUGCUCAGAGUGCUGGGGCAGUCGUUCAUCCAGCCGGCCGCCAUGUUUUUGACUUGAAAUGUUUAAAGUUGACAGGAAAUUUGAAAAUAUUACUUGGUAGUUAUGCAUUUUUGGAAGACUGGAGGAUUAAUACCUAACACCAACCAUAAAGUCUUAAAAAAGGCAAUAAUU